AUGAGCCAAGAAAAUACAGAACUCUUCCCAACCAGAAAAUAUGCCAAGCCAGAUGUCAAGCUUGUUCUGCUUGGAGACUCUGCUGUAGGCAAGACAAAACUCGUCGAGCGCUUUUUGCUCAAAGAUUACAGUCCAAUUACAAACUCAACAUUUGCACUUACAUUAUACGAGCAUACAGAAAAUCUUAGUGGCAAGGAUGUCCAAGUAUGCAUUUGGGAUACAGCUGGUCAAGGCUGCUUUGAUGAAUUGCAUCCAUCAUUCUUCUACGGUGCUGAUGCAGCUAUUCUUGUUUUUGAUGCAACAAGAAAGGAAACAUACCAGCACCUUGAAGAAUGGCAUGCCCAGCUCAUCAGUCAGCGUGGCCAAAUUCCAAUAAUCGUUGUUGUUAACAAGCAAGACCUUAAUCCAGGUAUCACUCGUACUCAAUUCAAGUGGGUAAAGGAACAUAACUAUCCAAUCUACUAUACAUCUGCUGCAAAAGGCACCAACGUUUUCCGUGUCUUCCAAGAAGCAAUUAAGCUUGGUUGGACACAAAAGAACAACCCAGAUGAUGUUAUGGGUGUUAUUGUUGGCCUUUUAGCUAAGCAAGCUGAAGAAAAUACAGAAUAA